AGAGAGAGAGAGAGGGGGGCAUUCACAUCAUGUAUGCAGAAGGAGAAGAAAAAAAAAACUGAGCGAGUGGGAGGAAGGAGUGAUAGUGAUCACAGAAAAAACCCGCUGUUGAGUAUGCGUGUGUGUGCGGUAAACCUAUUGGCAUACUAGCAGGAGAGAGAGAGAGAGAGAAGGAGGGAGGGGGUAGAGCAAGAGUGUUAGCGACAGAGAGAGAGAGAGAGAGGGGAACGUGCAUACGAGGGCUCAUGUAAAACCAUAGUAAAAACACAAGAUGGCUUCCUGAAUGGGCUGCUGCUGGAACAGACGAGAGAACGAGAGAUCAAGAAAGAGGAGUGGAAAGCGAGCGACACAAGAAAGGGAUAGAGGGAUAGAGGUGAAGACAAGAGGGGGUUGGAGUCUUCUGAUGGGGAUUCGGCCGGCGGACGGAGGAGUACAAACCAAGGCAGCUCAGAGACUUGGAGGGUGGAAUAUUUUGAAGACAUCAGUCGAGGCUGUUUGGGAAACCUUAAACUGGCAGCUGAGAUUGUUCACGAAGUCACUUCAGUGGAUGGCCUCAGAAGUGGAGGCCAGAUGGAAAUUGGGUCACAUGACCGCCUCCAGGAAGGCGUGCUGAGCCUGGAACUGGCCAAUGGGGUGAAUCGCUACCGUAAUAAUGAUGAGGCAUCUAUACAAACAGAGCAGCAGAGGGCAGGAGGUGUGCCACCAGGGCAAUGCUGGGUGGAAGGACAUGGCAAAGGCGGUGACACCCAACAACAGCAGCCAUGUUGGAAUAACAGCAGUGGUGCAAAUCCCAGUGAGCCUGUCCAUCAUGCAAACAUGGAGGAUGCCCACAACCUGGUGGCUUUUUCUGCUAUCGCUGGCUCCCUGCCUCCUUCCUCCUCCUCUUCCUGCCCUCUUGUGCAGCCUAACACAGCCCAGUUAUAUGAGCAGUUCAUCCAGGAGAUGGGCGCUGAGGGGGCUCAGGUCCGACACUCUGCAGGAGCUCCAGAGGUGAGCUGCCAACCUCCAAGGGACCUGAACACCCUACAGACCGCACUAAACCAGGCUAAGCAUGGACGAAAGCCCCCUAACUGCAACUGCGAUGGGCCUGACUGUCCAGACUACCUUGAGUGGCUGGAGAAGAAGAUUAAGUUAACAACCAAUGAGGAUCAAAGUGCCCACAAGAUCACUAAUGCCACCCCACAAUUACAGCCUCAUCCACAGCAACCCCUUUUGCAGCAUCAGUCUCAGCCAUAUGCCCAGGUGAAUGGUGGCCACCAUACUUCAUACUCUCAGCAGCUACAGGGAUCUCAAGGCCUUCACCCAGAAAAAGUGCCCUGCUCCAAACCCCCGAUCCCUUGCUCUCCCCAGGUGCUCUCCAUCGCUAAGGAAAAGAACGUAAGUCUUCAGACAGCCAUUGCCAUAGAAGCCCUGACCCAGUUAUCUGGUACCAGUCCACAAGCUACUGGCUCUACAGGUCAAACCCACUACAAUAGUAACCUCCAUCACCACCAACAUACCCAGAACCUUCCACCCCAGCUCCUCAGUGGUUCCAACAUAAUCCUACCAUCUCCUGGCACACUCUCAUCUUCCUCACGCUCUCAGUCCGUCCCUCCUCCAAUACACAUGAAUAAGCAGCCUCCGAUGUCCUGUGACAACAAAAGGCCCCAGUCCCAGGGUCAGCCGCUCCAUGCUACCCCUCUCCCUCCCUCUACCUCUCCCUUCCCAGGUCAGGGAAAGCCUCCAGGAGUCAACCCCAAUCCCCAGAAAUGGCAUCAGAGCUCAGGCAGAGGCUCUGAACAGAGGAACUCAUGGAUGUGUAUAAAGUCUGAGUCUAAGUCUCACUUUGCUGCUGCACCUCACAGUAGCUCAGAUCCCAUGUCAGAGCUCAAACAGCUGCUUGGUGACACCAGUGGCAAGUUCAACAGUGCUCAUUUCAAGCUUCCAGUCACACAGCAGCUCAACUUGAAUCACAAUGAAAGUAUCCAGGCCCAGGAUAACCCAGCACUAUCCAGGUUAAAGCAAGGGCAAGACUCUGGUGAGCACUAUCAUCACACUGCAUCUAUGGGACAUUAUGGUAUGGCUAAUGGUCAGCAGCAAGGUCAGCACUACCCUGGCAGUCCGCUGUCACCUGGCCAAGCAACCAUCAGCCACUCCACUCAGGCAGCUCUGCAACAGCACCUUCAUUACAAGAGGAACCUCUUCUCUAACCCACAUGCUCCCGCAACUUGCCAAAACUUGAAAAAAUGGUGGCCACAGAUGGAGGCAGAAAGUUUUCCCCAUCUGGCCAUCAAACAGGAACCCAAGGAACCCAAGAAGAGAAAAAGCAACCAGGGAUCUCCUGUCAUAAAGGCUAUGAGUGGGAUGCUUACAGGCUCUCCCCUGCUCAAACCCAAACAGAUAGUUAUCAAAAAGACUAAGCAGAAAGCCUCCAUGCCAACCUUCCUGCCUCAAACUCAGAUCACCGUACAAAAACCACCAGUCCUCAUGACGGACAGAGCCCCGGCCCUGACCAGCCUGAAAGGAGGUUGUUUUCCUUCUCUGCCCUUCCACAGUAACUCCAUUCAGGCUGCUGCUGUAAGCCUCCCUACCCCAUCCCAAUCUCAGGUAUCCAUUUCCAGUUUCUCAACGACGACUCACUCUUCCACUGUUUCUGCUUUAUCAGAAAACACUCCAGCCUUCAUGAAUGAGCUGCCCCCACCUGUGGCCCCUGUAGCCAACGAGAAGUCUAAAGGAGUGGGCACCAUGGCCUCCAGUAACACCAGCACCUCCAUACCUCUGACCUCCACAUGUCCAUCCAACACCUCACAAUUACGGAGUCUUAUCAACUUAGACCCGAAGUAUGAAGAACUGAUACGCCAGUUUGAGGCUGAAUUUGGGGACUCUGCCCCAGAUCUAUCUUCUGGUCGGCCCAUGGAAGAAACUACUACAGCCUCACAACUUGGUAGUCAGCCCAAAAUCAAUCCACAAGACCUCAGUACCACAUCAUCAUCCAUGCCUCAGUCGGCUCCCCUAAGUCUCACAACUCAAGCCAGCGCCACACCUCAUGCAAAUGACCAGGAGAUGGAAGUUAAAAAGGAUGUGUUAGCUACCCAGAGUGAAGCAACCUUAAAGCAGGCAUCCGCAGAAAGCCCCAUGGAGAAGCAGGCUGAGAGACCAGACCAGGUCUCUCUGCACCAGGAGGCUAUUCUAGACAAGCAGCAGCAGCCCAGCAUGUUUGAGGAUAAGUUCAGCAUCCCACCUUCCCCGCUGCCUAAACGGAUGAAGAUUGAAACCUCAGGGGAUAUAGCAGUACUGUCCACCACAUGCUAUUCUGAGGAGGACACGCCGACUAAAGACAGUCUGUCCUGUUCUCCAUCCCUCAGAGGCUUCCUAGAGUCUCCUCUGCGCUACCUUGACACCCCCACCAAGAACUUGCUGAAUACUCCUUCCAAGGAUCCACAGUCAGAAUUCCCUGUCUGUAACUGUGUGGAACAAAUCCUAGAGAAAGAUGAAGGGCCCUACUACAAUCACCUGGGAUCUGGACCAACUGUAGCCUCCAUACGAACGUUGAUGGAGACAAGGUUUGGAGAGAAAGGGGAAGCCGUCCGGAUUGAGAAGGCGGUGUUCACAGGCAGAGAGGGAAAGAGCUCACGAGGAUGUCCUAUUGCGAAAUGGGUGAUUCGUCGAGAGAAUGAGACAGAGAAGCUGCUUUGUCUGGUGCGUGAGCGGGCGGGUCACCGCUGUGAAAACGCUGUCAUCAUCAUCCUCAUUAUGGCCUGGGAAGGAGUCCAGAGGGCACUGGCUGACACGCUGUACAAUGAGCUCAGCACCACCAUCACCAAAUAUGGCAACCCCACCAGCCGACGCUGCGGCCUGAACGACGAUCGUACCUGUGCAUGUCAAGGCAAAGAUUCUGAAAAAAACGGUGCUUCCUUCUCCUUCGGCUGCUCCUGGAGCAUGUACUUUAACGGCUGCAAGUACGCUCGAAGCAAAAUGCCACGCAAGUUCAGGCUACAAGGAGAUCACCCUGAAGAGGAGGACAAACUCAGGGAUAACUUUCAGAUUCUGGCAACCAAGGUGGCUCCUGUAUACAAACAGCUGGCCCCACAGGCGUACACUAACCAGUGCCAGACAGAGUCCUUAGCUUCAGAUUGCAGACUGGGUUUAGAGGAGGGCCGGCCGUUCUCAGGAGUCACUGCUUGCAUGGAUUUCUGCGCCCACGCUCAUAAGGACCAGCACAACCUCAGUAAUGGUUGCACAGUGGUGUGCACUUUAACUAAGGAAGACAACCGUAAGGUGGGGGAGAUCCCUGACGAUGAGCAGCUUCAUGUGCUGCCUCUGUACAAGCUCUCUACAACUGAUGAGUUUGGUAGUGAGGAGGCCCAGCGCCUCAAGAUGAAGACGGGGGCCCUCCAGGUGCUUCAAGCUUUCCGCCGUGAAGUGCGCACGUUGCCUGAACCUGCCAAGUCUUGCCGCCAGCGUCGUUUAGAGGCUAAGAAGGCUGCCUCAGAGAAGAAGAAAAAUAAAAUCUUGCAGCAGUCAGGGGAAACUCCAGAAAAACCAGUGGUGAAGGCUGAGGUCUGCAGUUCACCUCGACCCCAAGGCAAUGGAGCAGUUAUAAAACAAGAGAUGAGGCCCAGUGUGAAGAGGGAGCCCUUCAACGGCUCAGUGGAUGGUUACCCUGUGCAGGCAGCAGACCUAUUCAACAACAUUUAUCCACAACCUCCCUACUAUGCAAGGGGAGGCCUACCCCACACUGGCCAGCCUUCUAUACCAGAUCCCCUAAAUGGUUACCAUCAUCCGUCCAAUCUGCCCCCAGUGCACUAUGGAUACUACAACUACCCUCCCAAUGCACUUUUCCGCCCCAAACUGAGGACCUACGAGGGUCGAAAUAGCUCUUCGCCCAAAGCAUGUGGUAAGGUUGUCCAAGAAGACAGGAAGCCUGAUAUUCAGAGCCUUCAGGCUAAACUAGCCCAGUCCUACCCGAGCCACCUAGAGCAUACCAACCAGUCACACCUUAGCGCUUAUAGCCAGCCUGUACAACCAGAGUACAACCAGAGCCGUCCUUCCUCCGUCUCCUCUGAGUCCUCCAACAGAGGCACUCCAAUAAUCAAGCAGGAGCCGAUGGAUGUGCCAGUCUUUGAAGGCACAGUUCCAAACCAGGGAAGGGCUCACACACCUAGCAACAUCCAGCCUGCUGCUUGGCCAGGACACAAGCUUAAUGGAAGUAUGGUCCCCACAAACUGGGAAAGCCAUCUAAACCAUAAACAAAGUCCUGAAGUGUCGUCGUUAGAUCUGGAAAAACAGCAGUUUCACCAGCACCCCUCUUUCCUCCAGCAGUCACCGUGCUACCCUGGCUUAAAUGCGAUGGUUUCUGCUGCAACAUCUCUGCAGGUACCACUCUCUCCAUCUCAGUCCCCUCACCCGGGCACAUCACUCCCAGGUAACAUGUAUCAAGGCCCCCAGCGUUCUACCACCUCACGCCCAAACACCCCUGUGACACCACAGCCUGGCACCUCUCACUCAGGCUCAGUAACGCCACAGGCAAGAACCCCAGGCCCGGGCACCCCGAGGCCCUGGCCCAGUCCUGCUCCUAGUCCUCAACCAAAUGCAUGGGCCAUGGGGCCUGCUGCUUAUAGCCCUGGUUUGAAGCACAGCAAUCCUGCAGGAGCUUACCCUGACAAAAUCUGGUCCAAAACCGGGGAAAGCCGGUGUUCCACUCCUCUUGGUCUCCAGGAGAAGGCUUGGAAGUCUUGUGGAGGAUCAGUGGCAGGCAGUACCCCGUCCCCUGCUCCAGAGGGCCGCCUCUUCCCUGAUGCCCUGCAGCAGCCAGAUCAGGUGUGGGAUUCAAGGGGAGUGGACAGUGAUAUGGAGAGCAACAAGGGUCGGGAAGACGAUGAUGAAGAGCUGUGGUCUGACAGUGAGCACAACUUUCUAGAUCCCAAUAUUGGGGGAGUAGCUGUAGCACCAGCUCACGGCUCCAUUCUGAUUGAAUGUGCCCGUCGCGAACUACAUGCAACCACGCCGCUCAGAAAGCCCGAUCGCUCCCACCCCACGCGCAUCUCACUGGUCUUCUACCAGCACAAGAACCUCAGCCAGCCCAUGCACGGCCUGGCAUUGUGGGAGGCCAAAAUGAAGAUCCUGGCAGAGCGGGCGCUGCAGAGGCAGCAGGAAGCAGCUCUGCUAGGUCUUUCCCAGGAAGAAAUCAAGGCACUCGGGAAGAAACGCAAGUGGGGUGCUACGACAGCAGGUGCCAGUCCAGGACCUGGACAAUCUAAAGACAAGAGGGAGGGGCCAGUGACGCGAUUAGCCCCCACUUUCCAUACCACCUCCACGGUUACUGUGUCUCCUUAUGCCUUCACCCGCCUCACUGGGCCCUACAGCCACUUUGUCUGAGGUCAGACAGACAAACAUGGACUGACAGCUACAGAGCGGUGCAGUGAAGUGCAGGCUGGAGAGAGCGAUGAACACGAUGAAUGUCUGUCCGCUGUCUCGCAGUCUGGCGUCUCUCCAUCCUGCCCCCUCCGCAGUCUACAUGGAGGAGGGGACAUUUUUAUUGUUUUUUACCUCAUGUCAGGCAGUGGUUUGGGCGUCAGACACACUGCCUGUGGUGCUCUUCCUCUCUCUUCCCUGGAGAGGAACUCUGUUGCUUUUUCUUGUUUAUAGAAUUUUAAUGGUUCUAAUUAUUGCUAUUAUUAUCAAUAUUAUUAUGAUUGCUAUUGUUACUGUCAAUGUUGUCAUUACAGGUAUUAUUAUAAUGAAGACUUGUUUGUUUUUAUUAUUACUGUUUUCAUUAAUGUUAUUAAUGAUGUGUUUUUUUGUUUUUUUUAACCAAUCAGUCUGAAUCAGUCGGACUCAAUGUCGUUUUCCAUGUUUGGAAAAUGUUUGCCCUAUUUUUCUGUUUGCUUUUCUUUGUUCUUGUCAAGCGUGUGCUUAGAGGAGGAGGCGGAGCCAUUAUCUGACUGACGAGACAGCAAAUCAAUAUUACAGUGAUCACAUGGCAUGACUGCCUAUGAGCAGGCUUGCCUUAGAUAUCUUUCUUCAUACUGACAAUAUUAUGAUAUAUAGCUUUAAUGUUAUUGUAUUUAGGCAUCAUUUAAAGGAUCAUUUGGCUAAAGUUUUAAAGACACAAGUCUACUUUUCUAUUAUUAUAAAUAGUGAACUCUAGUGGGAGGAAAAUCAUCAGCAAAACUGAACUCUGCUUCUUUAAAACUCCACACAGAACAACAGAAGAGUUUGGUUCAUUUGCAGAGACUUUAUGACUCAAGUGAAACAAGUGCAAUCAUUCUGGUGCAAAUGGUAGAAACAAACGCCACCCUCUGACCCCACGUUACUGCUCGUCUUGGCUUCAGAUGAUGUACUCCUCCUCCGCCUCUUCUUCUUCACCCCCGAGCUUUCAAAUGGUGCUCAACUUUUAGCUCUGAUCAUUUUUCAUUCCUCCACUCCUCAUGGCUCUUGAUGCUGUACUUGUUCUGGUGCUCCAGCUCAGAUCUGGAUCAAAUAGGAUUUGCAAGGUCCUCCGCUAUGAUGUUUUGACCCAGGUGGAGUAACAACAACACCAUGUUUGGGAUUAUUUGGAAACAUAUCAUGCAAACAUAUACAGAACGGUCUCCUGUGUGGAAGAGAUUCCACAAAAUGAAUCACAUUGCAAAUGCCAUUUGACACAGAUCAGCAAUUACCACAGAGAUACAACAGGUGGCACUCUUAAUCUUCCAAUCACGUUCAUGUAGGUUUGAGCACUUCCCAAUGUAAACUCUAGAGGGCAGCAGUGGCUGCCGUUUCUUAUUGGUGUAUUCAAAACAAAUCUAGAAGCACUUGUGAUUCCCUCAGAAACCAGUCGAGCCUUGCAUUGCUGCCUUGACCAUCUAUGGCCUGUAGAGGGGGCUCUCACACCCUGCCUGGCCUCAGCGAAGCAGCUCAAGGUAAAGCUGAUCUUUGACCCACUGAGGCACAAAUGUGAUUCACGUCCACCCUGGGUCAGAGCAGAGGGGAACAGUGCUUUUGGUGCUUGUAGACUCACUCUGGUGCUCUCCUAUGACACUUGAUUUCCUGUGAAGGGCCAGCCCCUUCCUCUGCACGGUGCUGAGUGACGCGUGUCCUUCUGCAGGCACCACAGAACCAGCCAAUCAGCGUGUCCACCUGCCUUGUGGCUGCAGCUCUUGUCACUGGGUCUAAGAACUGGUUCCUUUUGAGUGUGUGUUUUUUUUUGCAGUUAAUCGCAGGUUUUUAUCUCACACGUAAAGUACACUGUACACGGCGGAGAAAGCACAGUCAUUCAACACGGUCCCGAGAGAUGAAGAGAGGUUACUGUAGCUUCUAGGAGUUGGCAUCAAAUGCAUUCAGUCACUGGAUCUCUCACUCUGUGUGUGUGUGUGUGUGUGUGUGUGUGAGAGAGAGAGAGAGAGAGAGAGUGAGUGUGUGUGUGUGUGAGAGAGAGAGAGAGAAUGACGUAAUGCAUGAGCCUGUAAAAGAGAAAGAACCAAAGAGAGAGACUUAUUUGACAAAGCCCCGUGAAAUCACUCGUUUUCAUUGUGAUGGAAAUGGAAAUGAACAUGAGCGGCUGACAAAACUUAACACAUGCCAACUCUUGGAUGCUGUGUGUGUCAUCAUCAUCAUCAUCAUCUGUGAAAGACCCUGUUGCCUCUCCAGAGGGUCUCCAGCUCUCUACCUCACGCUGUAGAGACACUGGUCACAAUUACAACUUGCUACUGAGGGCAAAGAAUCAUGCAUAUGUCCCGUUUCUAGAUCUCCUCACUCGUUUGAACCUUCCCCUCUUCACUGUUAUUUAUUACUACAUGGUGAUAAUAAUGAUUGUCUUUAAUGUUUUAUUUUGUUUUUCAUCUUCUUUUUUUUUUUAUAUAGCUAAUACAAAUUGUACAUACAGAAGAAAUGUUUUAUAAAAGCACUUUCAAUCUUGAUUUUAAUGACAAAAAGAAAGAGCCGAAUAUUGACAACUUGAAGCUUAGGUUUUUUUUUGUUUUUUUGUUUUUGUUUUGUUUUCCUCAAGAGAGAGAUGAAAAAAAAAUGUAAAUAUUAAAAUAUUUAGGUAAGAUUAUUUAACUGGUGAGGAUAGUAACUGAACCAUAAAUGGGGGGUAUUUUGAAGUCUCUGAGAGCCCUAACAACAGUAAACAACACUUGAACCCAAUGUGUUGAGUGUAAUUGUGUGCUUUGUAACACUGUUGUUUAGUACUGUAUCCCACGUCAGCAUGUCACUGACAAAUCCUCAUCUAACAUGAGGCCACACCUGUCUGACCAAAAGAGACAGUUCUAUUUUUUUUCUAUACAUUUUACAGCAGAAACUCUCCCGUCACUGACGAACACAAAUGUCACCUUUCGUUUGAGCCGAUGUGUGUGUUGUUGUAGGACAUCAUUCAUGAAGAUGCGCCGCCUGAGCGGAGAAGAUUGAAGCUCUUGUCAUGUCUGUAUCGUACAUGUGAAGCUGGUGCCAGCAGCUGGUUAGCUUAGCUCCGGUGGUGCCGUAGGUGACAUCUAUGCUUAAGCUUAAGUUAAGAUUAGCUCAUGACCCAACAUGUCAUUUUCCACAAACUGGUUUUCUUUAAGUCUUCGGACAGAUGGGAGCAAAACACUCAAUCUUCUCUUCUACCCCACAAUGUAACACCAGUUAGUUUUGUGCGAAACCAGCAGCAGAGCCACGUGUUGGAACACACUGUGGAAAGUCAAUCAGUUUUUGGCACGUCAUAAAACGACCACUGUGUUUUUGUCAGUUGUGACAGACGAUUGAGUCCGACUUUACAUGGAGCUGUUAUCUAAUCCAGUUCUCAGUAACAUACUAAGUAUGCACUUAGCAUACAAAUCAUCGCGCCCGCCCCCUACCUGUGUGAAAGCAUUGUGUUUGAUGCGUGUGAAGAUAAUUGCAUACAUAUAUUAUGUGUGGUGCAGACAGGAUAUGCUUUACUCUUUAAUCACGAUGCAUGGCCCUUAUUACACACACACAUACACACUUGCAUAAUAAAGGGUGCUGAGGAUACAUGAUAUCUUCUAACUUAAUAACUGUAUAUUUCUGAUAGGCGGUGCUCGCGCCAGGAGCGUCCUCUCAAGGCGAGGGGGGAGGGGUUGGUUAGCUGGUGCUGUUAUGAUGCUAUACCUUGAAUUCACUGUGUGUUCACAAAUCUGAUCAAUGACGACCACAAAUAUUUCCUUCCUGUGUUCCCUGAAUGUCCAGAGAACUUUGCUUUUGAUCACAGCAGUUCUGCUGCCCUGGUGCUGACUUUAGCAAAAGUCUUGUUACAAACGCUACUAAUUGACAUCUCUUUUUUUGAGGGUAGGGGGCGCUCCAACGGUCAAUCAACCUCUCUAUUAAUAUUCAUUCCAUGUUGUACUUGAAGUCAUUUAAAAAUAGGACGAGAUAUAGAGUCAUAUUAUGUAAGGACUGUUAUCUGGGGGUUGACAUUUGGUGCAGCGCAAGUACCAAAGUGUGUGGAAACGAUGUUUUGAGUUUGUUGUAUAUGUUCACGUUAACUGAAUGCUAAGAUAUUUGAACAAUACAAGAAUAGCAGUCGUGUGCUGCCUCCCUCUUCCUCCUCCUGGUCAUGCACUUCCUUUACUCGACCCCUCUCUUUCUCUUUGUAUAUUUUCUCUCUCUCUUACACACACACACACACACAUAGAUAUACACAUGCAUCUUACUGUGUAUGGCCCACUUUUAAAAGUCUAUCAACACUUCAUUUGAUUAACACUCUAAAUUUGAGACUUGGACCCUGGCCCAUACAAAAAAAAAAGAAAAGAGAAAAAAAAGAACUAACACAACUGGCAGCUACAUUCCUUUUUGAGUUUUGGGAUUGUUCGAGGUUCUUUAUUUUUCAUGUCAAAGAUGCAGUAUGUAAAAAAGUGUUUUUGUUCAGCCUCUCUCUCUAUUUGUAGCUGUAUGGUGUUUUAUGUGAAUACAUAGUGUAUGUGGUAAACAGCCCACAAUAUUGUUUUAUGUCACACAAUAAAUAAAAACAUUGAAGUGAAACCGUA